GUGACAUUAAACUUUGAACUACAGCUUCUCAUUGCUCGCCUGAAAAUAAAGCGAAGCUCCAGACGUUCUUCAAAGCCCUCACCUGGUCAGGUGCCUCCUCUGUGAGUAAACAAGCAGAAGACGCACCUUUUUUCUUCACCUGACACUUCACAUCUGGAUGAUCUAUGACCUCGCACACGGCCACGCAGCUGAGCAGUGGACCCAGCAGGCUCUGCUGCCAGCCGCUGCUGUGAGGGCUGUAGAGGACGGCCAUGCUGAGGUCACUGGUGAGGUAGGUGCCCUCGCCGAACACAGAGUUCUGCACACAGAUGGAGACAUAACUUGAGAAGAGCCCUUGUGUACGGGACUAGUUUCUGGACCACUGUAAAAUGCCCUUCAUGUGAUUUAAUGCCCUCAGACAACUGAGGAAGAUUCAGUGUUGCUACCUUGUUGAGGUGGCAGUGAAGACCGUUGUGGAUGAUGGAGUGAAAGUUCUCCAGACGGCUGCCGUGAAAUGCAUAGAAGACGUCCCUGUCUGCCCUGGUCUUCUCAAAUCGCGCUUCCAUCUGGUCACAAUAUUCCAGCUCGAAGAGAAAGUCCGGCGCUGGCACAAAUAUUCCGUCGUUGUCCAUCAGGUUACACAGCUUGGAGAACUGGGCACACAGAGGAAAGGUCUUGAGAUGGAAAUGCAAAGGCUACUGAUCAGGAGAAAGCACCUCAUCCUUCUGGAGUGUUUUCACAGCGAAGCUCUUGGACGAGAGAAUCCAGUGAACCAGGGCCAGAUGAUGCUCUCCUUCUCCAGGUCGCAGUCGCACCAGCUCUCUCACUCCCGUCCCAGUCCAGGUCCUGGUCACCGGUUUCACCCGUCAGAUCGCACGCAGUGAAAGGCGAUGACGUCACGUGACCGCCUCUACUCUCGACGCCGUCAUUUUACAUCCGUGUCUGUGCAGCGGAGCGUCCGGCUCUUCUCAUCCUUCUAAUCUGGAUUAAAGCAAUAGGAUGUUUUUUAAACGAACGGGGUGGUUCUAGCGACAUUCCCGGACUAAAUCUGAAGAGACCCAGCAGCUCUGAUUGAGGAGUCUUGUUUUACCAGUGAAGUGAAGAAGACACACCAUGGCUGAGAACAACUUCCCUCCGCUGCCCCGAUUCAUUCCUCUUAAGCCGUGUUUCUACCAAGAUUUCAAUGAAAUCCCGGACCAGCGGCGCACCAUGUGCAAGCGCCUCUACUACUUGUGGAUCUUGAACAGCGCCACCUUGGCUGUGAACCUCAUCGGCUGCCUGGCGUGGAUGUGCGGUGGAGGAGGACCUGCCAACUUCGGCAUGGCCAUCUUGUGGCUGAUUCUCUUCACGCCCUGCUCCUACGUCUGCUGGUUCAGGCCCAUCUACAAGGCCUUCAAGACAGACAGUUCCUUCAACUUCAUGGCUUUCUUCUUCGUCUUCAUGGCCCAGGUGGUGAUCAGCAUCAUCCAGACUGUCGGCAUUCCAGGCUGGGGAGUUUGUGGCUGGCUGGCGACUAUCAGCUUCUUCAGCACCAACAUCGGCUCGGCUGUGGUCAUGAUGAUUCCCACCAUCAUGUUCACGGCGGUGGCCGUGCUCUCCUUCAUCGCCCUCACUAAGGUCCACAACUUCUACCGCGGCAGUGGCGGCAGCUUGGGCAAGGCCCAGGAAGAGUGGGCCACGGGGGCCUGGAAGAACCCGCACGUCCAGCAGGCCGCCCAGCAGGCAGCUAUGGGGGCCGCCCAGGGGGCCAUGCAGCAGAACCAGUACUCCGCAGCCCCCACCUACAACUAUGACGACCCCAUGUAGGAGCUGAGGUUGUCGGGUGGGAAGCUAAAAAGGGGGAUAGUUAGGAAUAAAGCAGAAUUAGGUGCCCUUCAUAUCAAGCCACUCAAAUCUGACCACGUUUGGCUUCUCUUUUCAGUUUGCCUUCAAAGUAACAGCAGGUUGUUUCAGUUCAUCGCUGCUCCGAUUGGUCUUGUUUUCACAGGUCUGCAUCAUGUAUGCGAUGUGCAGCAUAUAGGCUCAUCCGCUGCUUCGAGCUAGGGGUCACUGCAGGGUAACUUCGUCCACCACAGGAAGCUCUGAUUUCCUCCCUAAGUGGGAAUUGAUCUUGUGAAGGUAAACACAAGGAUGGGUCAAGACAACGCUGUUUUAUAUGUGAAUUUUAUGAGUCAAAUUUAAACGAAAAAAUAGGAUUAUUCAUAUCAAAGUAAAGGUCCACACAUUUAGUUGUAAAAUCCUGAAAUGUUUGGCUCAGAAGUUACCCUGCAUUCACAAAUCUUUGUGCUUCAUGUGUCGCAUUCUCAGGAAUUUCAAAAAUCCUGCCCAAAACGUGUUCUUUUUUAAUUUUUUUUUAAAGGAUUCUCUCGCCCAUGUCAUCGACCCUUGUGUUGUUUCAGUGAAAAGAUUGGUAUCGCAAUAAAGCACAGGCAGUCCAGAGGGGCAGUUUAUUGGUUCAAACAUUCCAAGCCGUGAAAGUAGAAGUGCAACUGAUAAAUUGUUGGUUACGUUAUAAAGGGAGCCAUUUUGGUUAACGCUACGUGUAAAUGCUACUAUCGUUUCUGACGUUUCUGGCCUCAGUGUUUCAUUUUGUGACUUGGUGUUCUUCCAUGAGUCGGUGUGAUAUGAUAUUUAUAUGAAGAAAUAGAGAGUAUAAUUCAAGAGACUAUUUGACUUGACAAAAAGUAUUAGACUCAAAGAUGUAAAACUCUUAUCUGGUUGCUCGAUAUUUCCAAAAAAAAUGUGACUCGUCUUGUCUGACUGUGAUGACGUGAUGUUCUAUAUGAUGUAUUUUUUUUUGUAUCUGAUGACGUGUGGAUGAGUUUUAAGUUUACUGUGUGUCUCCAUGGCUGUGGGUGACAUCUCUUUCAACCCGGAGCUAACAAAAGUCACGACAGGGCAAUGUAGAGGUAGAACCCGAGCUGUCAGCAUGAUCGAUUACCAAUCCAUCGAUAGAUUCAAAACUUCUUCACCAGCAGACGCGCUCACUCCCGUCAGCAAAUGCACCGUAUGGCGACGUCUUGCAACAGUUAAGUCCAAGACCCAGCAAGUUGGUGAUGAAGGCGCUUGACUGAAGGGAAUCUACUGUGUGGCUGUAUGAAAGCUUUACAGAAGUCAUCGCCCACGACUGACCCGCCUCCUCGUGCUCCCACACUGCGUAUGUUGUUUGAUAUGUAUUAUGAUGUACUAUACAUGAGUAGGUGUAAAUGUAUUAACAAGGGGUUGAUAGCAACAGAUCCAAUAGCAACAAAUUCCAUUAGAUGGACAUUGUGGAGCUCGUUCCUCCACAAGUGACGUGAAUAUAAAAUACAUUUUUUGUGUAUUACUUUUGUAUUAUUUUGUCUUUCCCCAAUAGAUAUUAAACAAUUAUUGUUGCGUU